AUGGAGACACCUGGAAAAAAUCGCGGUAAGAAUGGAAAAUUCAUUUCAAAUCAAAUGUUCAGGAAAGCCAAUGUUUUAGAAGAAAACAGACAGAGAAAUAAAGAAGUGGACAAAGACGAUGCUAGUGUGUCUCUCUCACAACAAGAGUUCUCUGAAGCAAAUGACGUGGACGGAGUUUUAGGAUUACAUGUACCAUACUAUCUAAAUGAGCAUGAUUAUGCACAGAAAGAAGAUGAAGUAGACACUGAAAUUCUCCUAAAGGAUGAUGAUAGUACUAAAAGUGAUAAACAGAUAGAAUGGUUCACAGGAAGACGUGUAAUAGAACUAGGAUAUGUUGUGAACAAACUAAUUGAGGGCUGUAACUUUUGUGGACAUCCAUUGAAGUUAACUGAUAUUUGUGGUGAAGUAAGAUAUGGACUUGGUUCAUUACUACGAAUAAAUUGCAAAAUGUGCAACAAAGUGACUUCUGUCCCAAGUGGAAAGAGACACUCACGUGUGGAUGACCAUGCCAGCAGAGCAUUUGAUGAAAACACAAAGCUUGCGUUAGGAAUGCUACAUUCAGGCAUAGGGGAGAAAAAGGUGUCCAUGCUAUUGAGGGUAUUGAAUAUUCCACCUCUUUCUCACACAGCUUUAAAAUCUACAGAGAGAGAAGCUGGUAAAGCAGUAGAAGAUGUUGCAAGGCAAAGUUGUGAUUCUGUGGUAACUGCAGAGAGAGAAUCUUCUAGUAAUAAUGAAGAGUUGAUGGUGUCAUUUGAUGGCGGCUGGCAGAAGAGGGGAUCAGGGCGUUCUUUUUCAAGUUUAUCUGGACAUGCAGCAAUGAUAGGCAGAGAAACUGGCAGAAUUGUACAUUUUGCAACACACAACGGAUACUGCAAAAUAUGUCAUAGUGCAGAAAAAACGGGGAAGACUCCAUCAACUCAUGACUGCCGUAAAAACUGGACGGGGAGUUCCAAAGCUAUGGAGCCAGACAUGUGCAUAGAAAUGCUCAAAGAUCUAGGAGAAAAGGAUGUGCAAGUAGGAACUAUCAUCAUGGACAAUGAUACUACAACAAUAGCAAGGGCUCGUACUGAGGUAAACUCAGCUUUGAAGAAACAAAGUGAUAAAAAUCACACACUGAAACAGUUCACAAACAAGUUGUAUGAUCUGAAAAAGUGUAAAAACUAUAAAGAACUAAAUCCUAAGACUAUAAGUCACCUGUCAAAGUGCUUCAGAUAUUGUGUCAGUCAAAAUCAACAUGACUUGGAUGGUAUGAGGAAAAACAUGGAGGCUAUAUCCAGACAUGUAUUUGGUGAUCACAGCUUGUGUGGAUCUUGGUGUGGGUAUUUAUCAUCACCAACGACUUACAAACCUGUUCAGUUGCCAUACCACCGCUAUCUUUCCAAUGAAGAAUUGAAAGUUGAUUUGACAUCCAUAAUUGACUUUUACAUUUCACAGGCUGAUAGAUUGGUAGAUUUAGGAAGUACCCAGCCCAAUGAAAGUUUUAAUAAUACUGUGGCAAGCAAGACUCCAAAAUCAACAUUCUACUCUGGCUCGGAGAGCAACGACUUUAGAGUAAAUGAAAAAUUGUUUCUUUCACCUGGGAAAGUGACAAGCAAAAUUGCCAUGAAAACAGACUUGAAAAGGAAGAAAGACAAAGACAAAGAAGAUACAGCAGAGUACAAGAAAAGAAGAGCAUUGAAAAAAGCUGAGAGCAAGAAAAAUCAUGAAUCAUCAGCAGUAAAAGAGGGGAUCACAUACGAAACUGAUGUUGACAUCAACAAUAAUAUAGACAACAGCAUUACAGAAAUACCCCCUCCUCUAAUCAAACCCAUUUCAACACCCAUUGCAGCUGAACAGUAUACAUUUGUAUACUUUGACUUGGAAACAACAGGUCUUGAAAAAGAUUGUGAAGUAACACAGAUUGCAGCUUGUACUGAUGAUAAAAUAUUUUCCCAGUAUGUCACUCCUCCAACAAAACCUAUCUCUGCUUCUGCUACAGCUGUGACUGGACUAGUAAUCAGAGACAAUAUCAUGUACAAGAAUGGACACCAAGUUCUCAGUAAGACAACUGAGGAAGCUUUUCAGUCAUUUAUUGAUUGGAUGAAACAAUUUACCAACAUAAUUUUGGUUGCUCACAAUGCCAUAUUUGAUUCCCGAAUUAUUGUGCGUUUAUUUGAUUCAGUGGAACUGUGUGCCAGUGACUUCUUCAUUGGAUUUACUGACACUCUGCCAUUAUGUAGAGAACUCAUCCCAAAUAGAAAAUCAUAUAAGCUUACAGAUCUUGCUAAAGACAUAUGUAGUAGGCAUUAUGAUGCCCAUGAUGCUUUGUCUGAUGCUCAGACCUUACAAGAACUGGUGUUAUGUGUAAAAGCUUCUUCUGAUAUGAUGCUCAAACAUAGUUUUACAACGCAGUUUCUUUUUGAAAACAACUCUUUUGCAGAUUUGACCAGCAGAAAUUUAUGUUCUUUACAACAUCUUGUAGACAGCAAUGUAUUGUCAAAAUUUACUGCAAACAAAGUUGCAUCAUCUGGCCUUCAUUUCCAGCAUCUUUGUCUUGCCUAUCAGAGAGAUGCAGUAAAUGGAAUAAAGUAUGUAUUGUCUGACAAACAUGCAACAGGAAUGUAA